CGUAACCCCCCUUCUGAUGCAUGUAUCGACCUCGACUUCGGUAACGGCGCAAAUAAAGGGUCCUUCCGGCUGCCGGCGACGCCAGCGUAAGCGGAGAUCACGUGAAGAAAGCAACAGCGAGCAAGAAAAUGGGGUGGGUUGCCGACAGCUUGGAUUCCAUCCGAUCUUCUCAGAUCAGGCACGUACUCACCCAGAUCGUCAGCCUCGGUAUGAUCGUGACCUCGGCCCUCAUCGUAUGGAAAGGCUUGACGUGUGUGACGGGAAACGAAUCGCCUGUCGUUGUCGUUCUGUCGGGAAGUAUGGAGCCUGGAUUCAAGAGGGGAGACAUUCUGUUCCUGCAGAUGAAUAAGGAUCCUAUUCGAGUUGGAGAAAUAGUUGUAUUCAAUGUUGAUGGACGUGAUAUUCCAAUUGUUCAUCGUGUAAUUAAGGUCCAUGAGCGGCACAAUACUGGAGAAAUUCAGAUUCUUACAAAAGGGGAUAAUAACGGUGAAGAUGAUCGAGUUCUGUAUGCUCACGGUCAGCUCUGGCUCGAGCAGCACCACAUCAUGGGGCGGGCUGUAGGGUUUUUACCAUAUGUUGGCUGGGUUACAAUCAUCAUGACUGAGAAGCCAAUUUUUAAGUACUUGGUGAUUGGUGCUUUGGGAUUACUCAUUAUAACCUCAAAGGAGUAGGAACUGUUUGUUGCAGUUGCAUAUGAGUCUAACCAUAACUUGCUUCUCAUAACAUUUCAUAUAUUCAACCUGGCGAUUACUAGGACGGACUUGGACGUCUUCAUGUGUGAGAAAAGGAGUCUUAGUUCAAAUUGUUUGUAUGCACAAAAACUAAUAUAUGGCUUUCCUGUACUGCUAGAAUAGUUGGCAUUACAAUUUCUCUCACUCCUUUAUUGAUAUUUUUAUUUUUCUCUC